CUGAAUAAACAUACAAGGCAAAAAAAACACUAGCAAACAAAUAUAUGGACACAUGGCAAAACCGCACACUGGUUAGCUCACUCGUGGACCUUUUGUUUUUUUGUUUCUCCUCAUGAUGAUAUCAUCAUGCAUCACACCCUUUUCUUUUAGCUCUUUCAGUUUCACCUUCUCUCUGUGCACCCUCAUCAUCAGUACAAAAAUUGUCUCAUAAUAUCCCAACUAAGAAAUCAAAUUUUCUGAAACCAACUUUAGUUUCAAGAAAGUUCAAGUGAGUGGGAACUGGGUAGAAAUUGAUUUGCUCUUUUUGGCUGUUCUAAUAAAGCUUCAAGAAUCAAGAUAAUAAGUGAGGUUUCUUGAAUUGCUUCCUUAAUGGGUGGCGUUUGUUCGUGGAAGCGAGACUACUACUACUACUGCGCUGACGAAAAUCUAAACAGGAGAGGCAGUUCCAGCAGGUACUUCAAAAGCCCGAGUACAAAACGGAUGACAUCAUCUUUCUUUCCACCUGUUGUUGACUGUCGUCCCGAAGGAAGUACUUGCCCUUCCCUUAUGGAACUAUGCAUUCACAAAAUUCGAGAGGAUGUUAGGAAAUAUGGUUCCUUUUCGAAUUUGCCCAGAGAUGUCAGCCAGUUGGUAUUCAAUGAUCUUGUUUAUUCGCGCUCCCUCUCUGAAAACUCUAUCGAAGCUUUUAGACACUGUGCAUUGCAGGAUAUGCUCCUCAGAGAGUAUUCAGAAGUGGAUGAUGGUUGGAUGGAUAUCAUCUCUUCCCAAGGAUUAUCCUUACUCUCUCUUGACAUUUCAAGCUCUCAGAUCACAGAUGGUUCAUUGUUUCUCCUCAAGAAUUGUCCAAACCUCGAGUCUUUGACUCUUGAUUGUUGUGAUCAAAUCACUGAAAAUGGGCUAAAGCAAGUCUGCGGCUUCCGAAACUUGACAUAUUUGGGAAUUAAAAACAACAUGACAGUUACUGCUGAACGAAUGCAGUUUCUUUCUAGCUUAGUUAAUUUGGUUAAGUUGGAGUUUGAGAAGUGCCCUCGCCUCCAUGGAGGACUUGUUCAUAUCGAAGGUUUAACUAGACUUGAAUGUCUAAACAUCAGAUGCUGUGAAUGCAUAUUGGAUUCAGACAUGAAGUCUCUUGCGGGACUUGUCAAUUUGAAGAAGCUGCAGACUUCCUGUGUCAACAUAACAGAUGCUGGGGUGUUGUAUUUGAAAGGUUUGAGCAAGCUUGUUUUGCUAAACAUGAAGGGAUGCCACAUUACUGCUGCAUGUUUGGGUUAUCUUUCAGAACUUGGUUCACUUCAGCAUCUCAACCUAGGUAGGACCUCCCUGAAGGAUGCAGGCUGCGAGAAAUUUUCAUUACUGACAAAUUUGAAGGUGUUAAACAUAGGACAUAACAAUAUCAGUGAUGAAUGUUUGGCCCAUCUACAAGGGCUAACAAAGAUAGAGAGCCUGAACUUGGAUUGUUGUAGGAUCGGAGAUGAUGGGCUGCGCAAUUUAGCAGGCCUUACUAACUUGAGAAAUUUGGAGCUAUCAGAUAAUAAAAUUGACAAUAAUGGCAUUCGUCACCUCUUAGGCUUGAUCAAUUUGGAGGAUCUUAAUCUGUCAUUCACCUUAGUGACAGAUGAGGGUUUGGAAAACUUGUCUGGAUUGAGGUGUCUGAAGUCGCUUAAUCUGGACAUUCGUCAUAUUACUGACUCGGGUGUUGCUGCACUUACUGAUGCAGGGUUAACUGGAAUAACUCACCUUGACCUUUUUGGAGCUCAAAUAACAGAUUCCGGAACAAAAUACUUUCCAUAUUUCAAAAAUCUACAGUCACUAGAUGUUUGUGGGGGUGGGCUAACAGAUGAUGGAACCAAAAUUAUGAAACAUCUUUCUACCUUGAUGAUGCUAAACCUAUCACAGAACCUCAGCCUCACAGACAAGACAUUAGAACACUUGUCAGGACUUACACAGUUGGUGUCUCUAAAUGUAUCAACUUCGGGUGUUACGAACGAAGGCCUGCAGCAUCUCAAGUCUCUAAAGAAUCUGCGCUCCCUUUCUUUAGACUGUUGCAGUGUGACAGGGAAGGAGCUUAAGAAGCUUCAGUUGAGUGCCCUUCCGAACCUCAUGAAAUUUCGCCCAGAGGUCUAAGGGCAUUUCGGUUAGGUGUUCUUGUUCCCACGUUGAGCAGCUUUGGUACAGUGAAAUUGUUAUAGAAUUAUAGAUGAAACGGAAAAUAAUGGCGAAAUGCUCAACCAUAUGUGAAAAAUAGAUUCCCUCUAUCCCAUAACUAUAGUCCCACUUGGAUUUCACACAAAUUUAGUCAACUUUUUUUAAGUGUGUUUGACCUUCCAAAUUUGCCAGUGAAAUGAUAGCGUGAGAGUCUGAGAGAGUGUAAUGUGUUUAAUGAAGGUGAGAAUAGAUG